AUGCCCCUUCUCCGUCCCUCGACCCGUCUCCCCGGUCUCCUCCGUCAAGCUUCAACCAUGGCCCAGCCACGAUUCUCUGCCGGCACCGACGCCGCGAGCGUCACGCCAGCCCUCAAGGCUCUGCUCACAUCCGACGGCGGACGGUGGACGCUUGCCAAGGAUGGUGCGGCGCUGGAGAGGCAGUUCAAGUUUAAGACUUUUGCAAAGACGUGGGACUUCAUGACAGGUGUGGCACUCCAAUGCAAGAUUAAAAACCACCACCCAGAGUGGUCUAAUGUCUACAACACCACCUUUGUCCGCUGGACGACCCACAACCCAGCCGGCCUCUCAGACAAGGAUAUCGACAUGGCUGCCCAGUGUGACACUCUCGCCGCGCAGCUAGGCGAGCUGCCCCCGGAGCCAGUGCCCGAGGCGGCGGUCGAGGCGGAGGGGCAGAGCUGCGCGAUCCGAGGGCUGGCUGAUCGGGCUGCUGGUGCUGCAGGAGACUGCUGUACGCCAAAGAGUAAAUGA